AUGUCCAUUCCGCUCACGGUCUCCAAGCAGCGCUUUGGCACCGCGUACGGCAUUCUUGAGGUUGUCAACGGCUUUACCGCCUUUAGCGGCAACCUCGGCAUCGGGUACCUCCGCGAUACGACCGGCAGCUACACAAUCGUCAUGCAAAUCCUAAUGGCCUUUGCCUGCCUCACGCUGCUGCUGACGCUCGCGGUCGCUUUUGUCGACAAGCAGCACGGUGGCCACCUUGCGACCGCGACCAUCAAGAAGAAGGGCGAAGUCGACGACGAUGAGCUCGUCGAGGCCGGUAGCUCGAGCUCCAGCGCCGAAGAAGGGUGCGCGCCCAAGAUCCACGUGUAG